AUGUCUAUGAAACCGACCGUGUUUAUCUGCGGCGCAACCGGCAGCCAGGGCGGAGCCCUCGCUCACCAACUCCGUGCGAUGGACUGGGCAGUUCAUGCGACAGUCCGCAACCUCGAAUCCGGACCAGCAAAAUUGCUCAAGGCCGCCGGCGUGCAACUCACACAGGGCGAUUGGGAUGAUGCUGCGGCGCUCAAGUCGGCCAUGACCGGCUGCGACAAACUCUUUCUAUGCUUGCUGCCGGACUUUAGUGACAUGAAUCGUGAAAGACGACAGGCCGAGGCCAUUGUAAAGAUUGCCCAGGCCGCGGGUGUUGGUCAAGUGGUUGCGUCGACGUCGCUAGGCGUCUUCACGCUGGACGACAUCGAGGCCAAGGAACACAUUGUCCCCGAAUCGUUCAUGGCAGGACACUUGGCCGGCAAGAAGGGCGUAGAGGAGUCUGUUCGGCGUGGCGGCUUCCAAUACUGGACCUUUUUGCGGCCUUCUUUCUUCAUGGCCAACUUCCUGGAACCCAAAGUGGCCCGUUAUCCGGAGCCCCGGGACAAGGGCACGUGGACGACGGCAAUGACGCCAGAGACGCUCCUUGCUUUGAUCGAUCAUGUCGAUAUUGCCUCGUUUGCAGCCGGGGUGUUUCAAGAUCCGGAAAGAUUUCACGGCCAGGCCAUUGGGUUGGCGAGCGACAUGUUGUCGGUGCAGGAUACCCUGACCACAUUGGGGGAAGCAGCCGGGCGGCCUCUGAAGGCAGUUUUCUUGACGGACGACGAGAUUAGCGAGAACCAAAAAACCUCAAAUGUAUUUACGAACUCUCAAAUCUCCAUGAGAUAUAUGUCACGGUAUAUCGAUAUGAAUGGGGUUGCGUCGGUGAUUCGGCCUACAUCCUUCAAGAACUUUUUGGAGAGAGAAAGGGAGACAGUGAAGGCGACCUAUUCAUGA